UUGUUGGGCGGGAGGCACAGUGUACCCACGCUCAAGGUCUAUCAGAGCAGUAGUGUAUCAGCAGCAGUGCUGCAGGAUACAUCUAGUUCUACACUCACAGAUCUAUCCAGGCAUGAAACAUAUGAAGUGGAAACUGUAAGUAGUUCAUGUUUUGCAAGUGAUAAAGCAGAUAUAUUCUUUUCUUUGUAAUGAUUAAUUGCCGUUGAUCAUUUUGUUGUGAAAAUGACAGUUGCGGAUAAUCGCAGAAUUUCGGAGGCCGACCGCGCCGGUCUGGCGGCGAGGUCGCCAGAGGGUCACGCGGCCAAGUCUAUGCAUAUAAGAGGCCGCGAAGAAGAGUGGAUACAGAUACAGGCGAACACGUUUAAGAACUGGGUGAAUGUGAACUUGAGGGAGGCUGGACUUCAAGUUGAGGAUCUAGCAACAGAUUUCUCCGACGGAGUCAGGUUGGUUGCAUUAGUGGAACUCCUUCAAAAACGUCGUCUUCGCCAUAACAAGACUCCAAACUCCCAACCCCACGCGUUAGAGAACAUCACCAUCGCCCUCGACGCCAUCAAAGAGGAUGGGAUCAAGCUUGUUAAUAUAGGUAACACUGAUAUCCAGAAUGGGAACGUAAAACUAAUUCUGGGUUUGAUCUGGUCUCUGAUUGCUCACUAUCAGCUCGGAGCUUCAAACUUUCCUCCGAAAAAACUGAUGUUGGCUUGGCUAAAG